AUGCCGCUCUCUUUGACAAGAAUGCCCGAAUCAUCUUCGACUUCGCAAUCUCAGCCAGCGCCAGCCGCGUCAACGGAUCCCUCGACACAGCAAUGGACGGAAGUACUCGAGAAGGGAAAGCCCCAACGAGAACGAUCUCGAAAACUAGGAAAACCGCUCGAGAACAUGAUCGCAGAGGCGAUAGCAACUGCGAGAGAACUAGGACUCGAAAAUUCUCCGUCGCGAUGGCAAAGCGGGCAUCAUGGGUGGUUCUUUGGGAAAAAGUAUAUUGAGGGGAAGAGCUUCCAGACUCAACGAAUGAAGAUGGUCGAAAUCCGCAACUGGCCCGUCAAGAUAUCUACCCUGCCGUCCGAGGGACAGAUCAUGGCGUAUCUAACCCUCCUCAAGACCGCCAGAGUCGAUCAAGUUGCCGCAUACUACAGAUUACAUUGCGAGCAAAUCGACAAAGUUCGAUGCUGCAUUGCUCGCGAGUUGAUAGAGCAUAGAGAAAAUGACAAGCAGUACCGACAGAUAUUCCCGGUUCUUUUCGCUCGUCACGGCCACAUCGCCAAGUUGUCAAAAUUGAAGAAAGCGGCGCAUGCGGUGCAAGUUGCCAAUAAGCAGUACAGGCUACGAGCAGGAAUUCGAGCUUACGCGAGAGGAUUGGAGAUGUUGAUCGAGAAGUGUGAGGUUCGACUGCAGAGGAGUGAGAACUUCAGACCAGCAGAUUGGCGGUCGUAUGGUAAAAGGCCGAGGUGGGCCGAUGGUAGGAGAGGUUGGACUGGAUUGAGGCCGGAAGAAGUGGACGUUCGUACCGUCGACACCACCAAAGACGAAGAGGUUUGCUCAAGGGAUAUGAGAACAGAAAAGUUACAAGGGGCACUGAGGGCACGGUACGCGAGGUCGUUCCCGCAAGCAGCGGAUAGAAAACUUGCAACUUCUGCCAUCGAGGACAGAAGAGAUCGAGAGAUUGUCAGGGCAGAGCGCACUGAGCAGGCAAAGGCGAUUCUCCGAAAGGCUUUUCGUUAA